AUGCUAAGUGCUUCGUUCAAACAGUCAUUUGCUCAUAAAGAUGCAAUGAUUGCAUUGUAUAGAUCACUUAUACGACAUACGAAUAGAGUAUCAACUCUAAAGAUAGAACAAUCCAAUGAUGCAUUUUCCAAAGAUAUCCAAACAGAAUUAUUCAAGGCUAAUAUAGACCGCAAAUUAUACAUGAAGCUUUUAAAGUCAGAGUUGCUUUAUAUCAUACAAGACGAAUUUAGAACCAAAAAUAAGGGAAAGGUAGAUAAUCCCAAUAAAUUGAGAGAAAGAAUAGUCGCAGGAUUGGAGCUUCAAAAUAACUUAGAAAAUAUAGAGAAUAAUAAAACGGCAAGCAUUAAUUUGAUAGAGAAAUUGGUAGAAUAUCGCCUGCAGAAACUACAUGAACAAAAUUGGAGGGCUGAAUAUUUAAAAGAUCCUGGCGAAAUAGAUAAGAACAAGAACAAGGACAAGCCCGCACUCUUUUUGAAGCAAAUUGCAUCGAAGUCAAAGAAACCUCCAUCGCCUUUACGGGGAUUUAAGAACCUUUCCCUGAAAGAAAAAGAGAAUCGGAUUAAAAAGGAAUUGUUAAAUUGUGAAGAGAAUACGCAGAAAUUGCUUCGUCGUUAUUUGAAAAAGUUACAGACUAACCAUGAAAUACCUACACCUCAUUUAUUACCGUACACACCUGAAAGUGCAUUAUUACCCGUAGAAGAGACAGUUUCUACAUCAAUUUCAAUUCCUGGUUCUACCCGCAAGUCAUCCAUCGCAUACGCAUAUGAUCUCGAAUAUAUAAAUGGUAUAGUGAAACCGGGGAUGGAAUUUGAUAUCAAUAAGUAUCACUAUCUUGAACAUUUACAAUCUAUAGUGAACGAAAAAGGCCCAUUCAAAGUUCAGAUACAAUUGACCGAAGCAGGGCCAGUAUCAAUUCCGUAUAUUAGAAUGCCAUAUCCAAGACUCAACCAACUAAAAGAAGUGGCGCUAGAUAUUAAGAAAAUGAUGCGACUAGUGAGACUCAAAACGGUAUGGAACGCAUCGGGAAAUGAUGUCAGCAUCACUGAACCACAAUUUUCUGAUGGUAGUUAUAGUGUACGGGGUAGCAAUGGGUUUGGCGACGAUGAGAGACUUCAUCCAAAAACCUACUACGAUCUGUUGGCAAAAGGAGAAGGUUUGUGGGAAUAUUUGAUAGAUAGAUCGGUACAAAAUGACUGUGAUAGAGAUGUGGCAUCAUAUGUUAAGGAAUGGUCGAAUUCAUUAGACGACGCGACUGAUAUUGUCAACGAGAGACUAACCUCGUAUUAUCUAAAAUACAACAAAUUGAAAUCGUCAAAAUCUCCAUUAUUACAAGAACAAAAGAUAUUGCAGCGUCAAAUGAACGAGCAUUAUAAUGAACAAUUGAACAGAUAUAUGCAUAUUAUAAAAUUAAUAGAGGAUAAUAAAGUGUUUAGACACUCAGAAAUUGUUAAUCCGGAUACAGUAACGAAAACCUAUAACGAUUAUAUAAUAGAAAAUGAUUCAAGAAAGACAAAGAAAAAUCAGAGAGGAAUGCCAAGUCUAGAGAGAAUUGGUAUGGGCAAGCAUUUAGGAGAUUAUUUAGAUGAUGUGGGUUAUCAUAAUUUCAAGCUUGGUGUAAAUUUCGAUAAAAAGCUAAAAUUUUAG